AUGUCUUCUCCCGACGGGUCUACGAUGCUUAGCAGCAGACCCAUUAGCAAAGAGGAAGUCGACAGACCCAACGACCUAAUGUCAGGACCUGGCGGUGCUGGCGAACCAGACGAUGGAGGUCCUCCAUCCGCUUUCUCAUCGACCUUCCAAGAGGCGCUCUUCAUCUUUGUCAUCGGCUUAUCGCAGCUCUUCUCCGUUGGCGGUCUUGGAAAUGCAGCUUUCUCAGUACAAGAAAUUGCUCACUCGCUGAACGCCACAAGCAAUGGUCAGAUGUCCUGGUUCCUGGCCGCAUACUCUCUCUGCGGAGGUGUCUUUGUUCUGGUGACUGGACGACUGGGUGACCACUUUGGCCACAAGUAUGUGUUCCUUUUCGGAUGGAUGUGGAUGGCACUUUGGUCUCUGGUCAGCGGCUUUGCCAAAGAUGUGAUUCUCUUCGACAUUGCUCGCGGGAUGACUGGCAUUGGCAACGGCGCACUGGUUCCCAACUCAUUCGCCCUCCUGGCGCGUGCAUUCCCACCAUUUUCGGUCAAGAAGAACAUUGCCUUUGCUUUCCUCGGGUUCUGCGCGCCUUCGGGUUACAUCUUCGGAGGACUCAUCGGCGCUGCCUUUGCCGAGAAAGUCACCUGGCGAUGGGGAUUCUGGUUCUGGGCCAUUGGCUGCCUCGUCCUCGGCGUGGUGACGUAUUUCAUUGUCCCUCACAGUGUGGGCUCGCCAAUUCCCGGACUCAGCAUCAAGCAAUUUGACUACAUCGGAUCUGUCCUCGGCAUCUCGGGUCUCAUCCUCUUCUCCUUCGCCUGGAACCAAGCGUCCGUGGUGGGCUGGGAACAACCCUACGUCUACGCGCUUCUCGUCGUCGGCAUUUUCUUGAUCGUUGCGUUUGUCUUCUCGCAGUCGCAUGUCCAGGCUCCCGUUCUCCCCAACACUCUCUGGACCCGCAAAGGCUUCUCCCCCGUCGUGACGGCCAUGUCGUUCGGCUGGAUGUCGUUUGGCAUCUUCCUCUACUACACAACCGUUUACAUUCUCACCGUUCACAAGGCGCAACCGCUCACGGCUGUCGCUCAGAUGGUCCCACUGGUCAUUGGCGGUCUGUUCGCGACUGCCUCAGUCGGUAUCUUCAUCGCCAAGGUCCCCGCGCAGUACAUCUUCGGAGUCUCAAUGUUCUCCUUCUUCGUUGGUUGCCUGCUCAUGAGCUUCGUCAACUACUCAUCCGUCUACUGGGCCUUCAUCUUCCCCGCGUGUCUGCUAGUCGUCGGCGGACCGGAUCUGUCCUUCGCUUCGUCGGGGAUUCUCAUCUCAAACGCGGUCUUGCCCGAGGAGCAGGGUGUCGCGGGCUCAUUCAUUUCCACCGUUGUGCAGUACUCCAUCUCUAUCGGUCUGGGUAUUGCCGCUACUGUCGAGGCGCAUGUAAACAACGGUGGACAGGAUAUUGUACGCGGGUACCGCGGUGCGCUCUGGCUCGGUAUUGGCUUUGCGGCUGUCGCCUUCUUUAUUGUGGUUUUCUUCGUCCGGGACACGCGGUUCGACAAGAAGGAGGAUGAGAAGGAUGCUGCGAGCAGCACUGAUGGCGCGUUCGAGACGUCUGUCGACAAGCCGAAUGCUUGA